AUGAAGUUGAUGAACCACUACACUUCUUCAACAGUUCUCUUUUUCCUUCUGGUAGUGGUUGUGAAUCUAACCACCACCGCCACUACAUCUGCCGCGGUUGUCAGAGAUCCUGGAAGCCAUUAUGGUUAUGGUGGUGGUGGUGGUGGUGGUGGUGGGGGAUAUUCACCACCUGGUGGGACACCCUUAACACCUUAUAAACCACCACCACACUAUCUACCUCCUCCUCCAAAGUACCCACCACCAUCUCCAAAGUACCCACCACCCUCUCAUGGGUAUUCGCCGCCCUCUCAUGGGUAUCCACCGCCCUCUCAUGGAUACCAGCCACCAUCUCCAAAGUACCCACCACCCUCUCAUGGGUAUCCGCCGCCCUCUCGUGGGUAUCCACCACCCUCUCAUGGAUACCAGCCACCUUCUCCAAAGUACCCACCGCCACCCUCUCAUGGGUACCAACCACCUUCUCAUGGGUAUCCGCCGCCCUCUCAUGAUUACAACCCACCUUCUCCAAAGUACCCACCACCACCCUCUCAUGUGUACCCGCCGCCCUCUCAUGGGUAUCCACCACCCUCUCACGAUUGUCAACCACCGACUCAUGGUGGCUACCCUCCGCCCAAACACAAAACCCCGCCACCUCACCACCACCACCACAACCCACCUUCUCAUGGCCACAAGCCACCGUCUCACCACUAUCCGCCGCCUUCUUAUGGGCAUCCUCCGCCCUCCACGUACCCACCGCCCUCUCCUAAGUACCCUCAGCCGCCACCGACUCCAUAUUUGCCGCCGUCACCACCUAGUAGGACACCGCCGUCUCCUCAACAUCCUCCACCGCAGACUCCAUAUUUGCCGCCGAAAGGGAAGCAGCCGCCGCCUCCGUUGAGUCCGUAUGGAAAGCCUCCGCCGCCAUACUACAUGCUCUCUCUCCAUCUUUAG